AUGGCGUCUCCCAUACAGAUCGCAGACUCGGACGACUCAGAUAAUGCGUCCGUACAUACACCUGAAAGGGAGGACUUGAAUCGGGAACCCUCUCAACCCCACUCGACCUUGUCGCAUAGGUUCAGAGAAUCACCACAACGUGGAGAUCGCGAGAAGUCACGCUCAACAGACAGCAUUGCCAUCAUGGUACCGCCACCGGCUAGGCCAUGGGAAUAUAAGCCAUACCGUGGAGAUACUACGGUCGACUCGGUACAAGCUGAGGUCGAGGGAUCAAACGGUGAAAUGGAAUAUAAGAUCGAAUACGAAGAUGGGAAGAAGGCGACAGUUUCUCUUGAUCAGUUGUUGACUCUACGAAAUGGCCAGAACGCGAUAGAUCUGUUCAGAGGUCGAAAAUCAGACGAAGCAGCAACUUCCGAGGAAGACUCGAUAGAAGAAGACGGUGACACGAUCAUGUCUACAAGUAUAGGAAAGCGGGUCCGAAAGAAAACUCAAAAUGAUGGCUUUGUCAAUAUUACCAACGCGCGACUCGAUUCUGAAGAAGAAGACAAUUAUGAAAAAAAUAAGCGUCGGCGUCUUCAAAAUGGCCGCGUCACGAAUCUUACUAGCAACGGCACUCGUCAAAGUAGCAGAAAUCAGAGCACUCGUGGGAGUCGGCAAUCCUCACGUGCAAUGCAGGAUGAAGACAGUUCCGAGUCUGCUGAGGAGGCUCCAAAGACUCGAAAUACUGCUUCAUCCAAAGGGCCUUUGAAAACACGUUCAUCUGGUCGAUUUACCCGCUCCAAGCCUACGUCUAAUUCUAACAAGACUCUUACUGACUCUUUCUUUGAUGAUGAAGACGCGUCACAACACAUGGAUGUGCCAAGUGACAACUCAGAUAUUGUAUACGACACCCGGAAGAGUAAGCGACAGCCAAAACCAAAGGCAGUUCUCUUUCGUUCGCAGACAGAAAACAAGAGAAAUAACAGAAGACGCGCCAGGAGUUUGUCCUCUGAGCCAGGGCAGCCAACGCGUCGUUCUGGCCGAGAUCGAGUGAGCAAGAACAUGAGGGAACAGGACAUGGACGAGGAGAUUUAUGCAGAUGAAGUCGCCACCACCAACACUCCUAAAGUCAUUAGCAUCCGCGAGAUCUAUCAGCCAGUUGAGUCAAGGUCGCUGUUUGCCACACUCCACAACAAUGAGUGCGAUGUGUGCAGUGGGACAGGUUCCAAUUCUAACAAAGGCAAAAGUCCCUUAAUCUACUGCCAAGGCUGCUCUACAUCAAUCCACAAGGUAUGCCUUGGUUAUCGAAGUGGUAGAGAACAUAUGGUCACCAAAGUCGGACAUGAGAACUUCGUCAUGCAGUGCCGUCGAUGCAUCGGAAUAACCGUCAAAAAGGAUUCUAGUGCGCCACGAUUAGAUGUUUGUCAGGGUUGUGGAGAGGUCGGUGCUGCGUGUGCUGCCUUCUCGCCACGCAAGACGAGUAAGAUGGAAGAAAAGAUUCGCGAAGAGAAUGGAGGUGACGAUCCCAUUACAGAGGUGGCUCCUGAUCUGCUCAACAAUGCCGAGCAUGUGUUGUUCAGGUGUACCCGUUGUCAUCGUGGAUGUCACUUCGGUCAUUUGCCAGCUUUAAAGAAAGGUAAGGCCCCGGAAGACGAGGACGAAUUGCGUAGUCUACGUCGCAAAGAGUAUGGUUCUAGAUUUCAAUGCAAAGAGUGUAUUGAUCACCCCGAUAAACCUGCAGGUCUGGUGGCAUGGCGUCUCGCAGACCGAGAGAAAUAUCAACCUGGCGAUACGUAUUACGAUUUCACCGAAGACGAAAAGGAGUACCUCGUCAAAUGGCUGGAUCAAUCCUACUUCCAAUGUGUCUGGAUGCCAGGCAGCUGGGUCUGGGGCGUGACGGCCACUGUCAUGAGGAAGGCUUUUGCGAAUCGGGACGAAGGUAACAAUUUGACGCCUAAAUGGACAACAGAGGAGGCCAUUCCCGAGGAGUUCUUUCGCAUGGAGAUCAUCUUCGAUGUGGAAUACGACUCGGAAUUCGAAUCUGGAUCUGAAAAGUCUGAAAAGGAGCAGAUUAGUCUGGUUGAUCGUGUGCUUGUCAAGUUUUCAGGGCUUGGUUAUGAUGACGCUGUCUGGGAGACACCACCAUCUCCGGAAGACAAGGAACGAUGGAGUUGUUUUGUGGCUGCCUACAACGAGUUUGUGGUUGGAGUUCAUUUCAGGAACCCCCCACAGUCUGAAAUGAAAAAGCGGGUAGAAGCUUUCCACGCAUUGGAUUUCGCGAAGAAAGUGGAGGUGAAGAAGCAGCCAGCAUCAUUGGUCGGCGAAAAGAACGUCAUUCUUGCUGAUGAGAUGGGUCUCGGGAAGACUAUUCAAGUUAUUGCCUUGCUCGCCACCUUGAUCACAGAGAAGCCAAAGUGUUGGCCAUUCCUUGUCGUCACGCCUAAUUCAACGUGCCCCAAUUGGCGUCGAGAGAUCAAGAAAUGGGCACCAAGCUUACGUGUCGUUACAUAUUAUGGAGGUGCCAAAGCGCGCGAGAUGGCCAAGAAUUACGAACUGUUUCCAAACGGCAAUUCAGACCUGGCGGCUCACGUCGUGGUCACCUCUUAUGAAGCUCCGGUCAAUCCUGAAUGUAAAGCUUUCUUUAGAAAGAUCAAUUGGGCUGGUAUGAUUGUGGACGAGGGACAACGUCUUAAGAACGAUGACAAUCUUCUGUACGAUGCGUUGAAGUCGCUAAAGACUCCGUUCCAAUGUCUGUUGACAGGAACGCCACUUCAAAACAAUAAGAGAGAAUUGUUCAAUCUACUCGGUUUCCUCGAUCAGUCGCUGAAUGCAGCUAAGCUUGAUGAGAAAUAUGAGGAAUUGACGAAAGACAAUUUGCCUGAAUUGCAGGAUCUUAUCCGGCCAUUCUUCCUCAGACGAACCAAACUUCUUGUGUUGAAGGAUUUGCCGACUAUGGCUCAGGUCAUCUUACCAGUCUCUAUGAGCGUUGUCCAGAAGAAGCUUUACAAGUCUAUUCUGGCAAAGAACCCACAACUCAUUAAGUCUAUCUUUGGGCAGCGUAAGACUGAUCUUCGACCCACUGAGCGAGGAAACUUGAACAAUAUCUUGAUGCAACUUCGCAAGUGUCUUUGUCACCCUUUUAUCUACAGUUCCGCCAUCGAGGAGACGUCUGUCAGUGAAGAAGCAAUGCACAGGAACUUGAUCGAUGCGUCGUCAAAGUUUCAGCUUCUAGAACUCAUGCUCCCAAAGCUGCGAGAUCGUGGACAUCGUGUCUUACUUUUCAGUCAGUUCUUGAACCAACUUGAUUUGAUUGAAGAUUUUCUCAAGGGUCUCGGCUUCUCCUUCCGGCGACUUGAUGGAAAUAUGGGUGCUCAAGAAAAGCAGAAGCGUAUUGACGAGUUCAACGCUCCCGAUUCAACGGUCUUUGCAUUCCUUCUCUCUACUCGGUCUGGAGGUGUUGGUAUCAAUUUGGCAACUGCUGAUACAGUCAUCAUUAUGGAUCCUGAUUUCAACCCUCAACAAGACAUUCAAGCCAUUUCUCGUGCUCAUCGUAUUGGGCAAAAGAACAAGGUCUUGGUUUUCCAGCUAAUGACAAAAGACAGUGCCGAAGAAAAGAUCAUUCAGAUUGGGCGCAAGAAGAUUGCUUUAGGUGCACUGAUAGAGACUGCCGGUGCUGAAGACGAUGCCGGUGUUGACCUAGAAUCCAUCCUCAAACACGGUACCAAAGCUUUGUUUGAUGACAACGAUGAGAACGACAUUCGAUAUGAUUCUGCAUCCGUUGAUAAACUUCUAGAUCGGGCUCAAGUCGAAAAUACACACACGGACGACGAGAACUCCGCCGAAUCUCAAUUCUCAAUGGCUCGUGUUUGGGCUCAUGAUAAAGGUGCACUGGAAGAAGAGGUGGGAGAUGCCGACGAAGAUGCUGAAGCACCCAACUUUUCCGUCUGGGAUGAGAUCUUGAAAACUCGUGAAGCAGAAGCUGCACAGGAAGCUGCAAGAAACAUGCAGGAUUUUGGACGUGGAAAGCGAGCCAGACACACGAUAAAUUAUGAAAAAUCAAACAUGGGCCCCGAUGAUGAUGCUCCUGGAUCUCAACCACGGAAACGAUCCGGCUCUGUUAGUGAUCAAGAGUUUGCAGCAGCUGGAGGCGAUUCAGAGGUUGAGGAGGAAGAUUCAGAUCAUCAUUCGAUAGACGCUCGAGAGCUUGCAGGUAUGAACAUUUCCACUGACACCCAUCGAAGUCCAAAGAGGGGGAUUCUAUCUACUUCAGCCAUAUCAGCCAUUUCAGCCUCCCCGAAAAAGGUCAAGACAAAUCAGAAGACGUCUGCAAUUGCGAAUCAUCGCAGCAAGCACAAGCUUCACCAGAGCUCUCACCAAAAACCAAUGGUAGAUUCUGGCAAAAGGAGUUCAACAAAAUUGUCAAUGACGCGCAAACAAAAAGUCCCAAAAGUGGUUGUUUCUGCAGAGAGCGACGAGUUGCCGCCAUCUAGUCAUGCCGGUGCAAACUUCUACAACUCUCUGGUGAAACACAACCUGCAUCAGAUCCCAGCUUCAACUUCUGCACGACGAAAUAAAAAAAAGCAAGUGAUUGGAGAUGGUCCAGCGGGACUGCCAAGCGGCAAGAUAGAAAUUUUCAGAGGAUAUCCAAAGCCUAAGACACCACCAAAACGCAAGCUGCCAGUUCUUCACGUGGGCUUAGUGGCAAAGAAGGCUCGAGACUCAUUGAGCGUUCAAGAAAGUGGCCUCCACUGCGUCAACCAUUCGAAAUCUUCUCCAAUCAUUUCCAACACCCCUGCAUCUCCUGCAUCUCCUGCCUUUUCAACGUCAAUCCUUCCAACUACAGAGCUUCCUGCGGCUCCAACACCUCAGCAACCACCAGUGAUCAAACCAGGAGACAAACCAACCAAACCACCUAAAGUGAAAAAGAAAAAGGGUGGAAGACCUAUCAAAUACCGCAUUACCCCUCCUAAAGCCUCCCAAGAUCCACAAAUUCCACCACCCGAGCAAGGACCCGGCAAACCGAGAUCAUAUACAAAAUAUUCAGUUCCUCCUCAAAAUUUUAGUGUCCCUCCAAACUCUUUUCAACAACAAGCGUCAAUUCCAAAUCCACUUAUACAAAAUCCUGGUCCAAGUCAUUUCCGAGUCCAGGCCCUUCCACAUCAACCACCUCCACCACCAAUACUUCCGCCUCAUCAGUUCCAUGGUGGUUACAUGCGACCACCCAAUUUUGUCCCGGCCCCAAUUCCUAUGGGUCCACCUCCAUAUACACCUACCAACGAUCCAAGAUUUCCGGUCGAUGAUCGAACGCGUCUCGCGAUAGAACGAAUCAUUCCACCCCAAGAACAUUAUACAAGAAUAGAAUACAUGAAAGUCUGGUCAACCCCGGAUUUCCAAGCAGUCCUACAAAAGCAAUCCGAAGAUUCCCAACGCAAAGCCCUCGACCCACUAAUCCACAUCUUCGGCCGUCCAACCCAAGAAGUCCACCGUAGCAUCCUCCGCGCAUACAGAGAUAUCUCCACACCUCCUACUCCGCAGCCCAUCCCCUACAUCGAAGGCCACCCCAGCGAAAAAAGCGGCAAACCGAGGUGUUUCCGCUGCAGGCUCAGACAUACGAAUGAGGAGCCCUGCGAUCGGUUUAUGAAUGAAUUUGAUCUACGUGUUAUGCUGGAUCAGCUGAGGGAGCUGCCGCCGUUGGCGAGUGGUGGGCAUAAGGUUAGGGUUGCGGAGACUUUCUUGAGGGAUCGGUUGAGGAGGGUUGGGGGGUAG